AUGUUUGACCACCAAAACACCCAGUCCUGGGUCGAGCUCCACAAGGGUAUCGCGCAGUGGAUGUCAAGUUUCGUUCAGCAAAGGCACCACACGCAGGAUUGGGAAUGGGGGCAAGAAGCGUAUUGGAUGGCAUUUGCAGCCACAUACACCAAUUUUCCAACUGCUAAUUGGCCAUCAUGGGACACUACCGUAGAACUAGAAGGGCCAUUCAUUCAAGGCUGGUUCUAUAGGGGACAUAAAUCAACGUACAACGUUCACUUGGAGUAUUCAGAAGAGGGCUCAGAGGAUUCAGAGGAUUCAGAGGAUUUGGAUAAGGGCACACCGGACAGAGACCGCAAUGUACAAAAAGACUUAUGGCAACGCUUCUGUGUGCAUGUUUGGUCCGGGUACUCCAUCUUCAUCUGA